AUGCCCUUCAAACUAUCCGACAUUCCAAUCCUGACCGAUAAAAUUAUCCUGGUAACAGGCGGCAACGAAGGUCUAGGCAAAGAAUCCGUCUUCCAACUCGCCACCCGCUCCCCAGCAAAGAUCUACCUAGCCGCCCGCAACCCAUCCAAGGCCGAAGCAGCUCUCUCCGAGAUCAAGGAGCGUGCCGGUGAGAACUGUGCCCUUAUCCAGAUUCUGAAUCUUGAUUUAUCCUCAUUCGACUCCGUCAAGAAAGCUGCUGCGGAGGUCAUUGCGAAUGAAUCCCGUCUUGAUCUGCUCAUCGCCAAUGCAGGCGUAAUGGGCGCUAAUGGUAUCACGACGGAGGGCUAUGAGAUUCAGUUCGGCGUGAAUCAUAUGGGUCAUGCGCUAUUGAUUCGUUCCUUACUUCCGCUUAUGCAGGAGACUGCGAAGAGGGAGGGUAUCGCUGUUGGCGAGACGCGAUGUGUCAUCUUGUCUUCGGGCGCAGAGGCGUUCGCGCCAGCAUCCAUCUAUCCGUUUGAGGGAUUGAAGGGUGAUUUGGCGUCGUCGGGCAUGUGGGCGAAGUACGGGAUCAGCAAAAUGGCUAAUUUGCAUUAUGCUUCUGAGCUUGCGAAGCGGUAUCCUGAGUCUGAGACGGGGAUUCGCUUCGUGUCGGUUCAUCCUGGUGGUGUUGUUACUAAUCUUGGGGAUACUUUGAGAAAUUGGCCGAGGACGGAGUGGUUUAUUAAAAAGGUUGCGGCGACGCUUUUGAUGCUCAAGCCUGUGGAGGAAGGGGUGAGGAACCAGCUGUGGGCUGCUACUUGUCCUGAUGGAUCUGAGGUGAAGGGUCCGGAGUCGGGUGUGUUUUAUCAUCCGGUGGGUGUUGCAGGAAAGGGGACUAAGAUGGCGUAUGAUAAGGGAAAGGCGACUGAGUUGUGGGAGUGGACUGAGAAGGAGUUACAGCCAUACCUCGAGGGGUAG